AAAGGGAAUUAGAGUUAAACUCCUAUUCCCCUUUCCUUCGUUUGCCAAACAGGCCGUGAGGGUUGGACGGGAGCUAGGGUUUUAGCCGCCGGCCAUGGCCCUCUCCUCGUCUUCCUCCACCCUGCUCCGCCGCCUCCUCGGCUCCACCCCCCUUUCAUCCUCCCGCUCCUCUGUACUUCGCGCCGCCUUCUGCUCCUCCUCCUCCGCGGCCCCCUCCCCCACCUUGCCUCCUCCUUCGACCAUCUUCGGCGACGACACCGAGGUCGCCAACGUGCCGCCGCUCACCACCCCCAAGCUCUUCGUCAGCGGGCUUUCAAGGCUAACGACGGAUGAGAAGCUCAAGAGCGCGUUUGCUCCCUUCGGACAGCUUCUUGAAGCGAAAGUCAUAACAGAUAGAGUUUCUGGGAGAUCAAAGGGCUUUGGUUUUGUAAGGUACGCGAGUUUAGAAGAAGCUGAGACCGCGCGGCAGGAGAUGAAUGCCAAGUUUCUGGAUGGAUGGGUCAUUUUUGUCGACCCUGCAAAACAAAGGGAGCAGAAGCCUGCUCCUCAGCCGGAUACUGCUUCCUCGCACGCUGGCUUCACGAUCAAUAAAACUGUAGGAUGGUGUGGUUAGUUGCUUAGGCUCUCGAGUCCUAUAGAUCACAUAGCAAUGGCAUGGAUGAUGUUCUAGCCACAGAAAGUUAUGGCAUUACUGCCUGUAUUAAUACAUAAAACGAUAACGCUGUUCCUCUUUUGAGAUAAUAAUGUUGCUCUUUGUGGCUUCACACUA